AUUAGCUCAUUUCAUUAAAAAUGCAACAUACAUACAAACAAAAUAGGCGAGAGCGUUCUCCUAUGCGCCGCCCACGGCAGUAUCGUCCGCAGGCUCGCUCUCAACCUGCUGCCUAUGAUGCUAGGGAAAAGGAUUACAACAUGAAUCAGACAUUUAGAGGAGCAUAUGAAAAUGCUAGAAGGCCGCAAAACAGUGCUGAACAGGAACGAUAUCGUCCAAGACGCGAGCCAUUAGCACAAAGAAAGAGAGCUAUCCAACGCCCUGGUCCUUCGACCAACAAUUCACAAGGACAAGUACGUAAAACACUUAAUAAACGCGCGCGAAUCGCACGUAAGAAUCCAGUGAAAAAGGCAGUAACGAAAGACGAUCUGGAUAUGCAAUUGGAUAAAUAUAUGGGAAAUGAAGCCUUCAAGGGACGAUUAGAUGAACAACUUGCUAACUACUUCGCAGAAGAUGGAAACGAAGGAGAGCAAAAAAGUUAAGCAAUGUGUACUUCGGAACCACUAAAAACUGGUUCGUACCGCAUG